CCAGGGGCGGUGUGCAAAUGUUACCGGUGUGGUGGUCACGGGAUCGAUUAGAAUACCUGGGGUCAUGUCACGCACGUUGCCACCAUUUUCAUGUAUAGAUAUGAAAUCAGGUGUCAUUUAGCACUAUACCCAUGGGCCACUUAGUCAUCACCCUGUGUUUAUUUAUUUAUUUUUUCCUUGCUGACCACCGCCAUACUAACACCACAAUCCACACCAGUACCUAAACAGCUCCCCUCAUAGGUGUUGUGGCCAGGAGAAAAAUUACUAAGUAAAUAAUAGUGUAUUAUUGAAUAUGUUUUGUUUUGAUUAAUGUUAAUCUAUGUACAGAAUUGGGCCUUGUAUCCUGAUAUUCAUCAAAAAGAGCCUUGUCCAAUCAUCAAACAACAUAGCCCAAUGGGAAAAAGUGAUCACAUAGUCCUAGAAGUUGAAGUGGAGGAUCAGGAAAUUUUGAGAUGGGAUGAGGUACACGAACAAUACUGCAGUGUGGUGUAGCAGUGAGUAAGGUGCUGGAGCUGAGUGACAGGUUCCUUGAGUUGCGAGGAGAGUCCACCUGGCUGGUCAUGUUUUAUGCUCCAUGGUGUGGCCAUUGUAAGAAGCUGGAGCCCAUCUGGAAUCAUGUGGCACAUGCUCUGUAUGGCUCAGAAAUCCGUGUUGGUCGUGUGGACUGCACUCGUUUCACUGCCGUGGCCACUGAAUUCAUGGUGAAGGGAUUUCCCACCAUUAUGUUCAUUCAGGGGGACACUCGUCAUAGCUUCACUGGGGAUCGCACCAAGGAUGACAUUAUAGGAUUUGCAGUAAGGAUGGCAGCACCUCCUGUCCAGCACCUGGCCAACCAUCAUGAGCUACAGGCUCUCACAGAGCAUCCUGGACAUCUUUUCUUCCUCUAUGCUGGCACUCAAGAUACUGUCUUAUGGGACUUGUAUAAGAACUAUGCAAAAGAAAUGCGAGCUUUCCAUUACUUCUAUAGUAUUGGUGCAGAUUGCAUGGCAGAGAAUUUUAAUCUUGAGUCAAACCCAGCAGUGAUGGUCUUCAAAGAUGAUAUGCAUAUCUUUUAUACAAUGCCAGAGGAGUGGGAGGUGGCAGAGAAUCAAACUGUGAUCAAUGAAACAUUGGGAGAAUGGCUGAACCAUGAGCGGUUUGUCACCUUCACCAAGAUUACACACGGCAACCUUGGCCAGCUUUGGAAGAUUAAGAAGUUCUUAGCAAUCACAGUUGUCAAGGAAAACAAGAUUGGCAGCAUCACCACAGAUGAAAAUACCCAGGACUAUGUUGAUGGUUACAAAUUCCGAGAUAUGGUGAAAGCUGUGAUCAUCAAUAAUCGUGACAAGUAUCACAAAUAUUUCCAGUUUGGAUGGACAGGGACUCCAGACCUGGCCAACAGCAUUGCAAUGGAAAGGUUGCCACUGCCUUCUCUUAUAGUGGUGAAUGCUACAACCAUGCAUCACCACUUGCCUGAAGACCCACCUCAUCAUCUCACUCCACAAGCCAUCCAGAUCUUCCUAGAUUCCAUUAUUGUUUCUUCAGCUCCGUCCUAUGGAGGUGAUUCAUGGCCAGUGAGAGUGUACCGGAUGUACUACAAUGCACGCACUUCUCUUGAGGACAUGUGGCAGGGUAAUCCAGUGCUGACAGCCGUCAUUUUUGGCCUUCCUCUUGGCUUUCUUUCUCUCAUCUGCUAUUCCAUUUGGUGUUCAGACAUCCUUGAUGCUGAUGAAGAAGAAGAGCAUCAUGAGAAGAAGGAGUGAUGGGCUUGCAGCAAGUUGUCAAUGUUACCCUCCACCACAGAGAACCAUCUGCCAGUAAGAGUCGGGAUUAUUCCAGUAAUGUUUAUGACUGAUACAAAAGUAAUCAGGCAAACAUGCUUGAGGGAUUACUAUCUGUUGGUUUAAAUAGAAGGAAAUGCAAUUGUCUUGAGAUGAAUUGUGUUCAGUCAUAUUUCAGUGUAUGUGGUAAAUGAAGGCUGUUUUUUCAUUACAGACUAGUAAGAUAUUAGAUGUAUUAUAUCUUAACUGUGUAUGACUAAUUACAAUGUAUUUAUUGUAGUCUUAUAUGUAUUAUAUUUACAUGACAAAUAUAUUAUAUAAGUAGAAAUUAACCUAGUAAGUCUGUACAUCUGCAUGGCAAUGGGAAGAAGCCGUAUAGCAAAAGUUACCACUAGUAGUAGUUGCUACUAAUUUAUUCCCUCACCUCAUUAUUAUCAUGAUCAUCUCAUCCAAUAGCAGCAAGCAUUUUACUACUAUAGUAACUAACUGUGUAUUAUCCUUCAUUUUCACACUUACUGUCCCAUAUAUCAGACCCUUAUUUUAUUUAUUUAUUUUUUCUAUAAUAUAUAGAAAGGGAAAUUAAUAGUAAUGUGUGAUACUGUUAAAGA